AUGUUCAUUGAGAAGCCUAAAACCUUGAAAGAAAUGAUGAGAAUGCAGGAACAUUACAUAGCCUUGGAGGAAAUACAGGAGGAUUCAAAGGAUCGAGGAGUGCAAGAGGCGAGUGCAGCGGCUCGGACGACCACAAGUGAGACCCCCAGGCGACCCGAUAAACGGCUAGGACCACCACCGAGAGGAGCUGGAAACAAAGAGUGGGUCGAGAAAGGAAAAAGUCCCCGACACGAGGCAAGGGCCUACACUCCUUUAAAUUCUCCACUAGAAGAAAUCUUCAAAGAGGUCGAGAAGAGAAACGACAUCAUCUACCCAAUCUCAAGGGGAGUACAAUUCGAAGAGACAAAGGAUCACCCCGAGUACUAUCACUAUCACCAGUAUCGGGGCCAUUCUACCAACAAUUGCCGAGAAGUAAAAGAUAUCGUACAAUAUUUAAUGCGAGAUGGAUACCUGAGGCAGUUCGUCCGACAGGAAGCACCACCAGCUACCAUACCCGAGGUACCAGUACACCAAGUCAGAAUCGAGAGAUCCACUAAGUUUGUAUGCAACACCAUUUCGCACUCGGCUACCCAUGGGUACGACCUGAGCUCUGGGAUCACAUCUAGAAUUCAUAAGAGAGACCGUAACGGCAAAGAGAUCUUCAUUAUGGCCAAGACCUUGCCAAUGGAGCCAUGGAUGAUGCAACCUAUCUCGUUCUCUGGCAAGGAUGUCCCACUAAAUGGCCAAGCCCAUGGGGACCCCUUGGUUGUCACUUUGAUGAUCGAAGAAUGGAGAGUGAAGAGAAUUUUGGUAGACAGUGGGAGCUCGGUUGAAGUCCUUCUUAUGAUACUUCAAAAGAAUGGAGCUAUCAGAUGA